AGGAUGAAUCUCUCAUAUCGAAUAUUUAAGGCAGUUAUGUCGGAGGAGAAUGAGUUCCUGGAAGCCUAUGCCGGCAUCAACGCAGCCUACAAGGCAGCCAUGGCCCAGGUCGAGAUAGCCGUCAGUCACGAGGAGCAGGAGUCCCAAGGAGAGGCACUUGAGGCCUAUGAGUUGGCCCUUAAAAUGAUCGAAGACGUUUUUGGAAUUCCAGUUGGUCUUCCCGAUGACAUUGAUGCUGUGCAGACCGAAUGGAACGAUGCCUGCGCACUUAUCCAAAAACUCAAGAGCGCCAAAACGGAAAUUAGCUACCGCCUAAAGGUGUUGCGAUCCAAAAACCAGUCCGUUGAUCACUCAGCUGUGGAGGCUUUGGAAGACCGGACAGAAGUGGAUGGAAAGAGGCCCUUGCUGGCAGAAAACCCAUGCACUCAUUAUGAUAUAGCAAAUGCUAGUGGUUCACCAAAGACUUAUAGGGAGCUCGCUGCAGGACUAAGGGAUCUGUUGGCCGUUCGGGAUUCGCACGCCUUGCUGGAUGAGCUAUUUCGUGCCCAGGCUAAACUCUACCGGAUUGAGGCCAGUGGAACUGUGACCUCUAUAAGUGGAUCGUCGACUAUGUCGCUAGUUAUGUGCACCGUGGGAGGCAAAUGGAAGUACCUCAGUGGCAUCUACUUCAUCCAAUGCACCAUACCCGACCAAGAGACGGGAAUGAUUUGGCUCUACCCCCUGGUUCCCUCGGUCUCCAACUGUUAUCAGACAGAGUAUGGAGCCUUUAUCUUCCCCGAUAUGGAGUGCCAGCAGCCAGGAAAUGCGUUCGGCCUGAUGCUUACGAGGGAGGGUCAACCUUCACUUAGCACCGAGGAGGAACUACAGGACCUGCAGCAGUUUUUCCUUGACCUAUUGGAGGCUGUACUCGCUGGUUCGGUAGAGCAACUAAAAUCUCCGACCUCCCAACGUGCUAGCAUUGCUUCUGGUUCCGUCUCCGGAUCGGAGCAGGUGUCCAGACACAUUGUGAGUGCGGCUGAUUUCAUUGCCCGUAACCUGGUGAAGGGCGCCGAGAAAACUGGAGGCUUUAUGCUUAGGAGUACCCCGUAUCUCAUUUCCAAGAUGUCGCCUGCCUCAGCCGAUGCACCUACCCAGGUGCCCAGCUCUGUCCAGACUUCAGUUGAAGUGGCCCAGAAAGUGACGCAUGCAGCGGCGGGAAUGACUGGUUGGAUAGCUGGAAAGGUGGGCACUGCUUCAGUGGCAGUGGGUCGCUGCCUAGCUCCCCACAUCCAGGAGCAGGGGUCCAAGCUUCUUCAGAAGGGAUUCGGCUACGACAGCAGCGAGGCGAAUAGCACCAUGGAGGGGGCUUUGACCAUCGCAGCGGGAGCAGUUGAGGGUGUCAGCACCGUAUUCGAUGGACUCGAGACGUCUGCCAAGAUUCUGGGCACCAGCCUUAGCCAUAACUCCGUCAAGAUAAUUGAACACAAAUAUGGUCAACCGGCGGGAAAUUUGGCAAGUGGUACUUUUGACACAGUCGGCAAUGUUUUUGUGGUCAGCCAAAACGUGAACUACAUUACUCCGAAAGGAAUCGCAAAGAAAAUGGUCAAGCGAACAGGAGAAGCUGUGGUAAGCGAUUACAAGCGAGACUUACGCAAAUCGGAAUCUCAUUACAUAAACGCCGGAGCUCUCUACCCAGACCUUCGUGCUUUAAAAGAAUAAAACCCCAUGGAUAUUAUUUAUAUAUUGUUAUCAGUCAUAUGCCACUUAUAGCUUUUAUAUGAAAGUUAAAUAAAAUUUAAAAAAAAAUCACAUGUAUCGAAUAAAGUCUUAAAUAAACCGAGUGUUUAUUAUCAUUUCGCAGC